AUGGACAACCGACUACCAGAAGCAGAAAAGUUGCCUUUGUUGGAGCAAGCAGCUCUAGUCGACCAGGGACUAAAUCAAGUUCAGGAACAAAAUCAGGUUCCUGACCAACAGCUCCCUGACCAACUUCUUGUGCAAAAGGCCCAACCAGAGCAGGACAUGCCACCAGCCGCAGAAGAAGCAGUGACCAGCUUACCCUCGUACAAUAACAAUGGCUAUAGCAACAGCCAUCGAACCGACUACUCCUCACACUCCAUCGAUUGCCCCGCCUCUGGUCAAACUUCCAUACCGCAAGAAAUCAAGUCGUCUCCCCGUCAUCAUUCUCCAACAAUGUCUUCUCAGCAAUCGGCCCAACCGGUGCAGACAAUCUCGCGGCCUAGUUCAGGCUUAUCGGGUGGUAGUGAUCGGUACGGAUACCCACAGUCCUACCAGGACCCAAAUCGGGACCAGAGACAACAGCAACAACAGUCUGCGCCCAGCAAGAAUAGCGUCGUUAUAAAAGUUGGAAUGGUGGGGGAUGCUCAGAUAGGAAAAACCAGUCUUAUGGUUAAAUACGUCGAGGGAAGCUGGGAUGAAGACUACAUCCAAACACUUGGUGUCAACUUUAUGGAGAAGACGAUUUCUAUUCGGAAUACAGAAAUUACAUUUUCCAUUUGGGAUCUGGGCGGACAGCGUGAAUUCGUCAACAUGUUACCUCUAGUGUGCAACGAUGCUGUUGCAAUAUUAUUCAUGUUUGACUUGACGCGAAAGAGCACCCUGAAUUCCAUCAAGGAAUGGUACCGACAGGGGCGUGGGUUUAACAAGACCGCCAUCCCAUUCCUUAUUGGCACUAAAUACGACCAUUUCGUUAACUUCCCGCGGGAGGACCAAGAAGAAAUAUCAAUCCAGGCCAAACGUUUCGCCAAAGCCAUGAGAGCCAGUUUGAUUUUCAGCAGUACGAGUCACAGCAUAAAUGUGCAAAAGAUUUUUAAAAUCGUUCUAAGCAAGGCUUUUGAUCUUAAAUGCACUAUUCCCGAAAUCGAGAAUAUCGGGGAGCCGCUAUUGCUCUAUCAAUCGGUCAAUUAA